AUGGUUUUCUUUACAUGCAACAUUUGCGGCGAGUCCGUUAAAAAGCCAUCAGUGGAGAAGCAUUAUCAGACAAGAUGCCGCGGAAAGACAAAAAACGUGUCGUGCAUGGAUUGCCUCAAAGAUUUCUACGAUGAGGAGUACGUUGCGCACAUCAAGUGCAUCUCGGAGGCACAGAAGUACUCCAACCAGAACUUUGUGCCCAAGGAGCCGAAGAACAAGAACGCCCUGAAACAGGAGAGUUGGAUGGACAUCAUACGCGCCAUACUGGACAGCAAAGAGUAUGAGUUGACGGCGUCUGUGCGCAGCGCAUUCCAGCGACUCCAGAGCGUGGACAACGUGCCCCGCAAGAAGGCAAAGUUCGAGAAUUUCGUGGGCAAUUGCAUGCGCAUGCCACGUCAGCACGCAACCCAGGUGUGGGACAUACUCGAGAAGGAGCUGAACAAAAUGAAGGAAGCCAAGCAGGCGGAACUGGAGGCGGCCAAGGCUGCCAAGGAGGCAGAGGCCGCACAAGAGCAGGAGCAGGAAGCGCCGCCCAAAAAGAAGUCCAAGCUUGAGAAUGGCGCAGCGAAAGCAGCUGAGCCAGCAGCAGAACCAGCUGCUGCUGCUGUGUCGGAGGAGGCCAGCGAAUUUGAUUGGGCUGCACAGCUGCUGAAGCUGGUGUCGAAGCAGCCCGAUGGCAUUUUCCAGGAGAAGCUCAGGAAGAAGCUGCUGAAGAAGUACACAAAGCACUUGGCCGUCACGGAGCUAAGCGAGAAGCAGGCAAAGAAAUUUGACAAACGCUUUGACAAGCAGCUAAAAAAAUCGGAUGCACUGCAGCUGGAGGGAGAUCUGGUCAAGCCCAUCUAGCUGCACAUUAAUCUCUAGCGUAAUUUAGCCCGUAUGUAAACUAUAAACGUUAGAAGCCGAUUAAAUUUGUAAGCAACUGCCAA